GGAAGUAAGACGCACCACUUACACAAUGACACCGUCGCUUAUUUCCAUCUUUCCCCCUUAACCCCCCAAAAAUCCUUAUCAUCAUCUGCUCUGCUAAUUCAAAUUUCUUGUUUCUCUAUGCCUCUCUCAGUCAUUGUCUGAAAAGAAAAUCCCAAGACUUCUCCGCCAGUCUUGCUCUUCACCAAGUAAAUUAAGUAUGUGAAGUUGGAUUAGAUGCCCAAACCAGUAUAUGCCUUUGGGGAUGAAGAUUACAAGCUGUGCCAGCCUCGCCAGACCAAGUCUUCUGCUCGUGCAGUGCGACUUACCUGCUUUCGCGUUCCAUGGACCACAAUUAAUAUCAAUCUCGACUCCGUGCAUUUCAAGUAAUUGUAUGAAGAGAUGUGGAUUGGUAAUGAAGAUUCAUUCCUCUGUUGCUGGCCGAACUCGUUCAUCCACCUCCAAAGGUGUAUCUUUGUCCAGGGGAGAUAAAUACAAUAGGGAGCAGAAUGUAAAUCCUUCAUUUUACACUCACCCUAGUUUGUUAGAGCUGAAGAAUGAAAGGAUUGCUAAUCGUGCCCGUGUUUAUGAGUUCUUGAAGGGUAUUGGCAUUGUUCCUGAUGAGCUCGAUGGACUAGAGCUUCCUGUCACCGUUGAGGUCAUGAGAGAGCGUGUGGAUUUCCUUCACAAGCUAGGUCUUACAGUUGAAGAUAUUAACAAUUACCCUCUUGUUCUUGGCUGCAGUGUGAAGAAAAACAUGGUUCCGGUGCUUGAUUACCUUGGCAAACUGGGUGUCAGGAAAUCUACUUUUACGGAAUUCUUGCGCAGGUAUCCUCAAGUCCUCCAUGCUAGUGUUGUGGUUGACCUUCAACCAGUUGUUAACUAUCUUCAGGGCAUGGAUAUUAAGCCUAAUGAUAUUCCUCGAGUCCUGGAGAGAUAUCCAGAAGUUUUGGGAUUCAAACUUGAGGGUACCAUGAGUACUUCAGUUGCUUAUUUGGUUGGAAUUGGAGUAGCCAGGCGUGAGAUUGGAGGAGUGUUAACCAGAUAUCCGGAGAUAUUGGGUAUGCGAGUUGGUCGAGUGAUCAAACCUUUUGUGGAGUAUUUGGGAAGCUUGGGAAUACCUUGCCUAGCUGUUGCUAGGUUGGUUGAGAAGCGGCCUCAUAUCCUUGGUUUUGGACUUGCUGAGAGGGUGAAACCAAAUGUCAAACUGCUUUUAGAGUGUAAUGUUAGACAGAAAUCACUUGCAAAUGUGAUUGCUCAAUAUCCUGAAAUUAUGGGCAUAGACCUGGAAGCAAAGCUUUUCAGUAACCGCAGUUUUCUAAACUCCAUCGUGGAAACAAGUCCUGAAGAUUUUGGGAGAAUCAUGGAAAAGAUGCCCCAAAGUGUAAGUCUCAGCGAGAAAGCAAUCGUGAGACAUGUCGAUUUCCUAAAGGAAUGUGGAUUCUCUGUAGAACAAGUGAGGAAGAUGGUUGUCGGGUGUCCGCAGUUGUUGGCCUUAAACAUUGACAUCAUGAAGCUAAGCUUUGAUUUCUUCAAGUCUGCAAUGGGUAGGCCAUUGGAUGAUUUAGUGGCUUUCCCAGCUUACUUCACUUACGGCCUCGAUUCCAUUGUUAAGCCAAGACAUAAGAUGAUUGCUCGCAAGGGAGUGAAAUGUUCACUUGCUUGGCUCCUCAACUGUUCGGAUGAGAAAUUUGAAGACCGAAUGAACUACGACUCAAUUGACUUGGAAGAGAUGGAGGAAGAUUCAUCAUUUCACCUCGAUAGCUUAAUGAAACCCAGGGCUCAAGCCUCGGAUUCUGACAGCGAUAUCAACUAUGAGUAAUGCAUGAAAGCCGAGUCUUGCGUGGUUGAUGAUGCCAAUCAAGAUGAGUCAAAAGCUGUUGGAGAGCGUUUCCGCAUCUUCUAGAGUUAUCUUUGAUGCAAAGCAGAUUACUGGAUUUCUAUGUCGCAGUGGCCUGCUAGAUAUUUUGUACAAUAAUCACUCUCAAGUCACAUAAUAUACAAGUAUACCGUGACACUUGGGAUCGCCAUAUCUUAUGCGCGUCACCUGCUGUCGUUCCCUCACGGGAGUUUGUGUUCACAGUUAAACAGGAUUCUGGAAAGUUUCCAGUGUCAUUUCGAUUCAUGUCCACAGAUAUUUCAUCGAACGUAAUGUCAGACAAGUGAAAUUCUCCGUCGAAGUUGAAGCCACGAGCAGAUUUGUCCUGAUGUGGAGAGGUGCCGUGUUUCUGGGCUUGUUUAAGUGUACAGGUGAAGUCUCUCCUCCACUGGUGAUAAGGUGGCAUGGCACCAGUCCUACUUGUUCCUCACAUUCUCUGGAAAUCUCGCACUACUUUUUCUAUGGUAUGCCAACUUACUUGGCUUGUUAUUCACAGUCUCCAUCUGAAUAUGCCUUGAUAGCAAUUCACAUUUUUGGGAAUCAAAACCCACAGCAAAACAAUUCAACUGAGAUGUAUAAAUUUUGAAGGUCUGCAAUGGUUGUUUUAGAUGAAGUUUAACUAGUUCUGUUGUAUCGAUUUAUUUCCUGCAAAAACUAAAGUUUGUGUUUCAUAACA